UCUGCAACAAGUAUUGUUAUCAGAUCCUCUUCUCGAGUGGGAUGACUGCAGCGGUUGCUCCACUACCCGACUAGAUACGCUAUCAGCUCGUGCGACCGACGACGUACUUCUUGGCUACCAAACAAUACAUCACCAAUACAUCAGAGCUUUGGAGAGAUGGUUGGAUAGAUCUAAUUCUGUGGCGUUAGACUGCUGACGCGCAGCCUCAGCCUUGAGCAGACUUUUGAUAUUAGCACAAGGCUGAGACAGCCACCCUAUUACUACAGGCUGAGCAGGCUCUGAACCGGCAUCCUCUCCCGUGUUCACUGUCCCGCUGCUUUGUGACCUCUCACCUUCUUCUAUCAUCUUCCUUUAGCCUUGGUCAUCGUCAACAUUCCUUCUUCUAAUCCUGAGCCUCUCCACGCGCGAGUCACGUCUCUUUGGUUUUGCAGUAGAGCCCGCAGGAACUAUCAGCUUGCGUAAAAAAGGCUUCGCAAAUCAACUCGCUGCAAUGGCAAGCGGCUACUGGCAAUACCGCACCACCACCUACGUUGAGAUUAUCGGCCAGCUCACUACGACUGAGACUGAGACGAUUAGCACCUACUUGCCCUCAGUAGACAAUGCGGCAUGCAGUGACUCGCAAAACCCCUGCGGCUCUACGUGCUGCGAUUCUGGCUUCUACUGUCUAAGGGUCGGCCAGUGUACGCUGAUUGCUGGCGGCAGCUCUGGAGGCGUAACACCACUUCCGCCGUCGCCGCUUUCUAUUUUGCCAAACACCUUAUCAGGUGCAUCCCUUCCAUCAAUAAGCUCACCGGUGACCGACAUAAGCACGACAUCCGGAGCCAAUCUCCCAACAGCAGGAACAAACACAGCCUCGCCUUCCACAAGCGGUCUGUCCACAUGCGCCAAAGCAGGCAUAGGAGUGGGUGCAGUUCUAGGAGCAGCAGCACUUUUCGCUUUCGCCUUCUGGCUUGGUUGGAUCUUGCGUAAGCGACGCAGAAGCCCAGUCGAUCUAUCCCAUGACCUGCCGAUAGGAGAGACCGAGGCGAAACAUAGUACCCAUAGCAUGUAGGAGUCUAACCAAGCAACAUAUAUGGGUCCAGAAGAUGUUCCUAGAGCGAUGGGUAACCAUGAGCUAGACGGUAGGCAGGUACCUGUGGAAGCUGGCCACCGAAGUGGUUGUGUUUUGGGGAUGUAUCUGGAUGACAUGCUGUGGUCACUCUUCAAGUAGCGGUGUCGGUUUCUGAACCUGGAGUGAGAGGUCUAUGCAUUGAAUGGGGUGCUCAAGCUCAAUUGGAGGUUGGAGAUUGGAGAUACCUGAGCAAGUUGGUUGUAAUUCAGGACUAUAGUGUAACUUGGAGUAGUUGACAUUUGGACGCGACGCGACCUUGCCCGUUUGGGACUAGGCUUUCAGCUUCUCAGUGUCACUACCACAAUCUUUGGCAUCUCGUAUAAUACAAUGGAUUCAAGUAA